GACCGGAGGGCGUCAGCCAGUUUCAUUAGAUUCCGGCUGUAUUCAAGUUGGCACGAUCGUACAUGAGCUCAUGCAUGCCGUCGGCUUCUUCCAUGAACAGAGCAGGAGAAGAGUCGAGGAGGAGACGCCUUGCUUGCGAGGAAGGGCUGGACUGCAAAGGUUCGUCAACAAGUGUUCGGUCUGUCGAGCUGCCAUCCACUACUUAAAAAGUGGAGCCGAGCGGAUGGGACAGCGUAUCGCAUUUUCUGAAGGCGACAUCAGGAAGAUCAAUAAACUUUAUCAAUGUACGACAACAAUCAAUGGGAACUCCAUCACCGAAAAUGAUCA